AUGCCUGUUCUGCAUGUCACGCUCCCCGCGCAGGGAGAGAGGCUGGCACUGCAGCCAGCCAGCUCCAGACAGGCCCAGGACUCCUCUGACAUCGGAAAAGAGCCCCAGUUGCGGGUGUUGGGGGGAGCUGGGAGGGGCCCCAACCUGAGCCUGGCCCUCUGCGGACACAGCUGGGACAUCUGUACGCUGGGCUCGCUGAGCCUGACCCCCAAGGCAGGCGACCAGGACGCAGCCGCACUCUUCCUCACCCCACCCCGCCCCCCAUGUCCUCAGGAAGUCCGCGUCCACGCAGAGCUCGGGCGAGUCCCAGCUGGGAGCCAGACCCAGGGAGACAGAAACCUAGCACAGGUGACCCACUAUCGACCUCCCCUGAGCUGCGACAGGAGCGGAGAGCACUCAGAGAGGCGCUGCCUGCUGGCCGAGCGGACCCGCUUGAAUUGUGUGCACAACCCUCGCACUAACCCGCCGCCGUCGUGGCCGUUUCCCACUCACUGCGGUGCGGGACCCUCAAACAAGGGGCCCCCGCCAGGGCGCAGGCCUGACCCAGGGCUGGAAAGCGAGGGCCACGCCCACUGCCGGCCCGGCGGCCCAGGGCGCGGUGGGCGUCGCAACAGGACUGAGCCUGCGCAGCAGGUGCUCAUAGCCGUUUGCCGAGUGAAAGAAGAAACAGACGUCUAUGGCCUUGGGACAGGUGCGCGCCUCCUCCACCGCCCCCCAGAGGGGCGUCCAAGACUCCUUUUUCAGUUGAUCGGGACAUGUACUCACCUCCAGAGUGACCUAUGGAAGGUGCGACCCAGGAGGGCCUCACCCGGCACCCUCCUCCUUCCCUCCGCGGACAACAGCCUCGUUCUGUGGCCAGGCGUGUCGCUGCCUCAGUUUCCCCAGCUUGAGUGGGAGGAGGGCGCUGGAGGAGAGGGACAGAGCGCUACAAGUCAGUGUGGCCGGGCCAAGGAAAGGCCAGGCUGCUCUGCUCCUGGUUCCAGAGCUCGCAUCUCCUCCUGGGCCCGCGGAACGAAUCCCCAGGCUCCCCGGCCUGCUCCCGCCAUCCCUGCUGUCUCCCUGUCCCUGACACUCCCCCUCGGGGUGACUCAUUUCCUGUGCACCCCAUCCCAUCCUGCCCCAGAACACGGACACCCGAGGACAGGCCUUCGCCCAGCAGCCUCAGGGUCUAGGCCGGGGCCAGGGGCACGGCGCGCUGGACACACACCCUCCGCGGGCACAGCAUGCGCGCCCCUGUGCACAUCCCCAAGGACCUGGAAAGCGGUGGCUGCUGUCAAAUGCUGGAGGAGGAAAUCUGACGCAGGAGAGGAGGAUGUGCCCAGCAGGGGGGAGUUUUUCUAUCCUGGGAACCUCUGUGGGCCUCUCCUGCUGGAACCUACUGGGUUCCCCGCCGUUAACCCUCACAGCGCCUCAGGAGGAGUGUUUUUUAUUAUAGGGAAGGACAUUAGGCUCAGAGAGGUAAAUACACUUGUCCAAGGUCACACAGCAGUAAGUGCAGGAUCCAGAGUUCUAACCCUUGCCUGGCUCCGGAGCCUGACUUCUUGCUGUUAACAGCCUCCAGCCCCACCCAAGGGAGCCAUCCUGCAUCAGAUCAAAGAGAGGAAGCCCGAUUUGCCCUGAAGGAAACCCCAAAAUUAAACAGACCAGCAGUGAACUCUGCAUCGACAGAAGGAUUCCAGCAGAGGUUGAGCGAGUCCAGAGGUAGACAGGAUGGCCAGGCUUCUGCACUGGAUGGCGUAGGGUGACCUAGAGGUCUCUGGGGUCUCCUUGCCGAGAGAUUUGCAUCCCAUGAUGUAUAUCCCAGGCCAUGGGCUGCAUAUUUUAUAUCUUUGUUUAUAUUUUUUAAUAUAGCAUCUCAUUUAAUCUUCAAACAAUCCUGUAGAUGAGCAUUAUUACUAUUAUCCAUGUGACUCAGUCAGGUUCUGCUGUGAUAAUGCUGUGUAACAAACAGCCCCAAUGAUCUGGUGGUGGCUGCCUCAUCUAUUUUCAUGCCACGGGCUGCAGGCCAACUAGAGGGACUUUCUGCAUUCUGUGGGCUGACUUGGCUCAGCUCCAGGCCUCAGGGUGGGUUUAGGUCUGCUCCAGGCUUCUCCUGGAACCACCAGCUGCUGGGACCAUUUGCCUUGUCCCACAGUAGAAGCCCAGGCAGCUGUGUCACAGUCAUAAGUGGCCCAUGGCCUAUGGCUAAGCCCACACUUCAGAGGCGAAGGGCCGCACUCGCCUGCCCCAGUGGGAGCCGCUGCCCGUCAUUCUGCAAAGAGCGUGGUAUAAAAGCAGGAGAGGGUGGACAUUCCCGAUUAGAAUCCAGGGCCUUCCACAGGGACACAAAUGGCUGAGGUCACAGCUGCUCAGUGUGACUCCAAAUGGGAUUGUGACCCAGGCUUCUGACAUCAAAGCUGGUCUGGCCCGCAAGUGGUCAGGCCAGGGCCCGUCUAUACUGGGUACACUCUUCAAAUCCAGUUUAUUGCAUGUGAAUUAUACCUCAGUGAAGCUGUCACAGUAUUCCUAAAGGCAAAGUACUCCUAAAGGGAAUUCUCAAUCGACAAAUGGUCACUUCAGUGAAUGAAAUGUUACUACCUUGCCACUACCUCCCCAGCCCUUUAUCCAUUUUGUUUUAAGACAGGGUCUUAACAAAGUUGCCCAGGCUGGGCU